CGGGGCAGAGCUCGCUGCGAAGGACACCGGGGCGGAACGUGCGACGCGGGCCGCAGGGACAGUCAGGGGAGCAGCAAGAAAACCCGCACCACAGCCCCUCGCUCAGUCCAAAAGCAGUUUGGGUUCCGCGCAAAGAAAGUCGCCGGGGUCGGGCUCUUCCUAGAAAGCCGCUUCCCUGCCCUUGGCUUCGGAGGACAAAGAACACAGGAGUACUUGCACGCUGGGGGCGCUGGGGCCGGCCAUGGUCUUGGAGGUGGGCUCGCUGGACGCCGGAGGCCUGCGGGCGCUGCUGCGGGAGCGCGCGGCGCAGUGCCUGCUGCUGGACUGCCGCUCCUUCUUCGCUUUCAACGCCGGCCACAUCGCCGGCUCGGUCAACGUGCGCUUCAGCACCAUCGUGCGGCGCCGCGCCAAGGGCGCCAUGGGCCUGGAGCACAUCGUGCCCAACGCCGAGCUGCGCGGCCGCCUGCUGGCCGGCGCCUACCACGCCGUGGUGCUGCUGGACGNCCGGGAACAAAGACUCCCUGGUGAAACUUCCAGCCCUGGUGGGUGGGGGAGCUGCGUUGAAGGUGCCCUGUCCCAGCGGUACUAAUGGAAAAAAAAAAUCUCUUUGUUAUUCCCAGGAGGAUAUGAAGCUUUUUCAGCUUCCUGCCCGGAGCUGUGCAGCAAACAGUCGACCCCCAUGGGGCUCAGCCUUCCUCUGAGUACUAGCGUCCCUGACAGCGCCGAAUCGGGGUGCAGUUCCUGCAGCACCCCGCUCUACGAUCAGGGUGGUCCAGUGGAGAUCCUGCCCUUUCUGUACCUGGGCAGCGCCUAUCAUGCUUCCCGCAAGGACAUGCUGGAUGCCUUGGGCAUCACUGCCUUGAUCAACGUCUCAGCCAAUUGUCCCAACCAUUUUGAGGGUCAUUACCAGUACAAGAGCAUCCCCGUGGAGGACAAUCACAAGGCGGACAUCAGCUCCUGGUUCAACGAGGCAAUCGACUUUAUAGACUCCAUCAAGAAUGCCGGAGGAAGGGUAUUCGUCCACUGCCAGGCGGGCAUUUCCCGCUCGGCCACCAUCUGCCUCGCUUACCUCAUGCGGACUAACCGAGUCAAGCUGGACGAGGCCUUUGAAUUCGUGAAGCAGAGGAGAAGCAUCAUCUCCCCGAACUUCAGCUUCAUGGGCCAGCUGCUGCAGUUUGAGUCCCAGGUCCUGGCCCCACACUGCUCGGCAGAGGCGGGGAGCCCCGCCAUGUCCGUGCUGGACCGCGGCACCUCCACCACCACCGUCUUCAACUUCCCCGUCUCCAUCCCCGUCCACUCCACGAACAGUGCGUUGAGCUACCUUCAGAGCCCCAUUACGACCUCUCCCAGCUGCUGAAAGGCCACGGAGGGCGACCUUCCCCACCCACCAGGACUCCAGGCCCCUUCCCGAGGGGAGAAAUGCAAUAACUCCAGGGAGGGGGUUCGCGAGGGCUGGUCCUUAUUUAUUGAAUCUCACCUGAGUUCCACUGGGUUCCCAGGCACUCGCAGUGAUGACUCAGCGUCAAGGUGUUUGCUGAAUUCAGCACAUUCGGGACCAAUAUGUAAUGGGUACAUCAAGUCCCCCUGACAGAAAGGGGCAGAAAAGAAGGGACUCUGUGUGAGCCCGUUUCUUUUUGCUUGCCCCCGUUUUUUUUUGUUUUUUGUUUUUUUUGUAGAAACUCUUCAUGCUUGACAUACCUACCAGUAUUAUUACCAUUCCUGACGACACAUACAUAUGAAAAUGUACCUUAUUUAUUUUUGUGUAGGUUUACCUUCACAAACGUCGGCGUCGACUCCUAGAAGAACCAAAUACCUCAACUUUUGUGUUUUGAGUACUGUAAUACUCUGUAAAUAUAUCCUAAGCAGAUUUGUUUUCAGCACUGAUGGAAAGCACCGGUGUUGGUUUUUUUUUUUAGUUGCCAACAGUUGUAUGUUUGCUGAUUAUUUAUGACCCGAAAUAAUAUAUUUCUUCUUCUGAGAAGACAUUUUGUUACAUAAGGAUGACUUUUUUAUACAACAGAAUAAAUUAUGGCAUUUCUAUUAAA